AGAAUCUAGUUUGUCUCCGAUGUCGUCCAUUCGAAAACCCAGUGGUCAUGGAGCUGAGGUCGAAGCUCAGAAGCGACCUUCUUCAAAUAGUAAUACUAAAUCAGCCAAAGCCCAGAUAGCAGAGCCGCUGCAGUUACACAGAUCAGUCACAAAUCCGGCGGCUUCUGUAGGAGUUCCGGAGAGUAAACGGUUGCCGGAGUCGUUUAGGAAGCGAUCUGGCGAUCCCAAACCAGAUUUUAGCUCCUUAUCCACCGUUCUUGAGCAUGUAGAUUCAUUGACCAUUGAUAGCAAGGACCAGGAAAAGAAAACAUCAGGCUUUGGCAGCGUCAAAACCAGCUCUGCCUCUGCGAAAGUGAGUGAUGGCACGAGCAGCCUUGGCAAGACAAGUGGAAGCUCCUUAAAAGGCUUGGCUGUGGGGACAUCGGGAGUUAUGGACAAGACAUCUCUUGCGAGUCGCAAGAAGCUUCUCCGGGCUCAGACGGAAAGAGAGAUUCUCCAGUCAUUGGAUCACCCGUUUCUCCCUACCCUCUACACUCACUUUGAGACUGAGAAAUUCUCGUGCUUGGUGAUGGAGUUCUGUCCCGGCGGAGACUUGCAUACUCUCAGGCAACGCCAGCCCGGGAAGCAUUUUUCCGAGCAAGCGGUAAAAUUUUACAUAGCAGAGUCAUUGCUAGCUAUUGAAUACCUGCACAUGCUGGGGAUUGUGUAUCGUGACCUUAAGCCUGAAAACGUUCUCGUUCGAGAAGACGGACAUAUAAUGCUCUCUGAUUUCGACCUCUCGCUCCGGUGUCUUGUCAGCCCGACUCUAGUGAAAUCUGCCGCCAUCGAGUCAGAUCCAUUACGCAAAAACGUCUACUGUGUGCAGCCUGCUUGCAUUGAGCCCUCUUGCAUCCAACCUUCUUGCACCGUCCCCACCACUUGCUUCUCCCCACGUUUGUUCUCGAGCAAAUCUAAAAAGGACCGUAAAUCCAAGAACGACACCGCGAAUCAAGUUAGGCCGUUGCCUGAGCUGGUGGCUGAGCCAACCGAUGCGAGGUCCAUGUCAUUUGUAGGCACGCAUGAGUACUUGGCCCCUGAGAUCAUCAAGGGCGAAGGGCAUGGGAGUGCAGUGGAUUGGUGGACUUUUGGGAUAUUCCUGUACGAGCUUCUCUUUGGGAGAACGCCUUUCAAGGGCUCGGGAAACCGACAAACACUGUUCAAUGUGGUGGGUCAGCCUCUGCGGUUCCCGGAAUCACCCGUGGUGAGUUUUGCAGCGAGAGACCUCAUCCGGGGCCUGCUCAUGAAGGAGCCGCAGCAGCGGUUGGGGUUCAAACGAGGAGCCACUGAGGUUAAGCAGCAUCCUUUCUUCGAAGGUGUGAACUGGGCUUUGAUUCGGUGCGCGACUCCACCGGAAAUCCCAAAGCCGGUUGAGCUGGAGAAAGGACCUGUGGGUGUUGCAGAGUCACCAGCGAGCCAGAAGACAGCAGCAGGUUUGGUUCUGAAUGCUCAGAAAGGGUCUGACAACUAUUUGGAAUUUGAUUUCUUC